AUGGAAAAUAAACUGCAUUAUGGCACAUUCCCACUUAAAUGGUUAAUAUACUCAAAGGAGCAACCACGAAUAGGUAAGGCUACCCUAUGAACUAGGAAAGAUAGCCCAUUCAGUAUGGUGACCAUACUUCAUUGUGCUUGGUACUGGGUUGAAAAUUACUUUGUUAUUGAGCCUAAGAACAGCAAGAAACAAAUUCGUUCAGGAAAACAUGGGAAUAUGAUCUUUAUCUGCCCCUGACAUGCUGAAAUAAGUUAACAUGGAAACGAGGCCAUUGAGUAAAGGAGAAUAAUCGGUAAGGUCUAUUGAAUGGGGUUUUAUUAAGUUCCAUAUAACAGGAUAUCUAUACCUUUUUACAAAAUGUUGCCAACUAUAAGUAUAAACACAUUAAAAACUAUCUAUCUUAGUCUUACUGUUAACGAGAUUCCUUUGUUAAGAAUGCUUCUAUUUGUUUGUUCUUGUAGGUAAUAUGAGUCCUUACAUUACAUCCUACUUGCGAUAUGAAGAGUCAGAGAAGUCACUUCGGUAUUCGGAUACAAUGUGGAUAUUUGCGGUUGAAGUAAUGGGGCAUGGCCUUCUCAUGACACUUGGUGGUAUGAUGCAAUUAAAGAUAGGUCCACGUUGGACAAGCUUAAUUGGAGGAACUGUGUUGAGGUAAUUGCAUAUUACAUUAUACUGUAUAAUAACCUUAAGAAUUUAUGCGAUCUCAUUGGUCGAGAGGCCAUGAUCUAUUAGAGGACAGACGCACGGAAUACGUGAUUAGUUUUUAAAAUGUACAAAUUGAAUGAAUUCAUGCAAUUAAAUCUAUAAACAUCAAUAAAUACCUUCGAUAAAUGUGCAAACAUCACUCACAAAAGCUAGCAACUCGGCAAAUCUCCUGCAAUUCAUUCAGAUGCGACUUCAAAUCCAAUCCGGUCUUUGAAAACAAAUACUAUUUGAGUCAUUGACUCAUUGGGCAAUUCUAGCUAUGGACUAAAUUUUGAUGUAGGCAAGAAGAACAAAAUCCAUCACCACAGCUAGAAAGAGCGUUCUAAAAUUAGUAAAAUUGCAAAGUUUGGUUGCGAAAUGUUGUAAAAUGAGGAAAAUAUACUGUACGCGAGCCCUGCGAAAUUUACAAAUUUUGUGUUAAUUUGUAUUGCGCGCGGGAAAAUGCACCACAUUUGGGCCAAAAGUGGUGCAAAUUCCCGUGCGUAAUACAAAUUAAUACAAAAUUAACAAAUUUCGCAGGCGGCCCGUAUAUUUUCCGCAUUUUACAACAUUUCGCAACCAAACUUUGGAAUUUUACUAAUUUUAACAUGGUAACAACAUAUACUGCGGACCCCACGUUACUUGGUUGCGCAAUUUUUAAUUGGGCAAAGAAGAAUUAACCCAACUCCUCACCUCCCAAAACUGCGGCGCGCCAUGGCCCAUCGGCACACAUUGGGACAGUUUUUGCCAACCAGAAUCGAGUAAAUUGACUAAAAUGCUAUUAUUUGAAAUAUAGUCGGAUAUUUGAUAGAAUUUUAAGGAUAAAAAAGGCCCCAAAACAAUAUUAAAUGAAUCAAAUAUUACAACUUUAGCCUUAUUUUGUUGCAAAUAGAUCGUAAAAGUAAAGCAGAACAAAAAUAUGCGCGCCCCUCUUGUUUUACGGCGCCCUGUUAUUAUUUAUUAUGUUUACAUGCAUAUAAUACAACUGUCGUCCACGUUUUCUAAUUAUUAAAUAUUUCGCUGCGUUCUAGUUUUGGCGUCUUGAUGACAUAUUUCACUAUACAGAAAUCAUUUGUGGCUGUCGUUUUUACCUACGGACUUCUUUUUGGAAUGGGUAUUGGGAUUUCAUACUCCGCACCAAUUAACUGUGCUAUGAAG